CCCAUUUCAUUAUGAAGUUUACUUUCACCCCCCCCCCCAACAUUUUCUUUCUCUCUUGUCACAAUAUAUAAUAUAUAUGUUCAUAUUCCGAAUUCAUUGUUCUCUCGAUUUCACUUGAUCCAGCAUCUACGAUAAUAACGGUAUAUAUAUAUUCAUUCAUCUUGGCUGAGAGGGAAAUUCAUCUUGAUCUACAACUAUUCCGGAAACGUUCGUUCUGGACCGAGACCAUCACAUUCGACGGGAAAUUCGUGUUUGUGUCCAACCAAACAUUUUGCUUGCAAUAUUCUACAUACAUUUCUCCAAAAAUCUACUUCCGCACAUUACCUUUUCUCCAGAAUAGAUGUUUGAUGUAUAUAAUGUACUCACGAUCUACCCGUCGUUCCAAACUAACUAUUUCUCAAGAGUCAUAUCUACCAGAAGACCAAGCGACAUCAUUUGAGGAUCCGAAAUUCAUGAUGCAGAGCCAACAAUAUCCACCCACUCUUACUCCAAAUUCAAAAGAAGCUUCAAUCUUUUAUUCAAUGCUUCCAAAUAUCGUACAAUCACGUUUACCCCGUAUACCAUCAAUUCGAAAGGCCGUUGACAUAUAUGGAUUUGUGAGUGGCCGGAAAUCUGAAAGCUCUUUAUCUGGAGCAAGCACACCAGGGUCCCUAUCAUCAUCGUCAACAAUAACUCUCGUCAAUGAAAGAAGCUCUAUAUCUAGUGAUGGAGAACCGGAUAGCUAUUUCCUAGAUGACUCGCAUUCUUCCGAUGAAGAUUUCCCUCAGCCCCUCAAGCAUGGGCAACUCCAGAAAAUAGGAUUGUCUGAGACAAAGUCAGGCAUUGGAUGGAAAUUUGCAAAUCAAGGCUAUAAUCUUCUUGCUCUUUCAUUUGAGGAAGCAUCAGCAAACUCCCAAAAUACCCGAUUUAGCAAUACUCCCUUGGCAAGACAACUAUAUGUCCACGCCUUAACCUACUUACUCCGAGCUCUUCCCUCUGAUCUUUCGACAGAAGAGAAGAUAAGUCUACAAAGUGCUGUACCAGCAGAAGUAGUGGAGUCUAUACAAGAAGAAUCCUAUACCAGUGAAGACAGUCAAGAUUCAAAUAGUAGUGAGCCUCCCUCACUGCUUCAAAGGAGUAUCGCAUCUAUUAUCAUUCAACUAUUUAUAUUAUUCCAAUUCAUCUUACCAUCUUUGAAAAACAUACUUUCGUCAGCAUAUCAAUACGAUCGAACUCACAAAAUAUCAGAGAAGAUCCUGUCCAAGGGUAUAGUGACAGUUGAUACGAUCGGAAAAUCGAGCUUGGCAGUUACAGGUCUGGUUUAUGGAAUGAGUGAUGGGAAAGUUGGACAAGCUAUUACGGAUGCGGCGGCUUGGGUUGUGGAGGGGGUUACGGGUGGUGUACAUGAAGGGGUUACAGAGGGAUUAAUUAUGUUGGGUGCAAGGAAUAGCACUUCGUCUAAGAAGAAAUAGAUAGGAGGACACGUCUAUGAAGUAAAGUAUCUUAGGCGGGGUUUAUUUUUGACGAUAGAUGAAUGGUGAUACCCAUGUGUAGAACGGGAGUUUUUUUUCUUCGGAUAUGGGAUAAACACUGGUACUUGGAGUAGAUAGGAUAGAAGGCGUCAUAUCUUUUGAUACAUCAAAACAAAU